AUGAUUUUAAAUAAAGACUUUCAACAAUUAAACGACAUUCUUGAUAAAAUAUUUCAGUUAAUUCCAAUAUUAAAUGAUCAUUUAAAUAAAAAAAUUGAAAAAAAAUAUUCUGAAAUUAUUCAAAUUAUUCUUAAACAUUUUGAAAAAAUAUCUAUUGGAUCGAAAUCUAUUUUAUUAAAACCAAAUUUAACUGAGAAUGAUAUAGAAUCAAUUGAAAAUGAGUUUGUUUUAUUGAAAUUAGCAAAAGAAGCAAAAUUAUUUGAAAAACAUAUAAAAAAUUUGAAUGAUAUUUACGAUGAAUUAAAUGAAAAUUUGAUAAAAUAUGUUAAUGAAAUUAUACUAAGAAUAGAAGAAUUUUUAAAUAAAAAUUCGUAUUAUUAUUUUGAUUCAAUUCAACAAUUACUUUAUGAAUUUGAACUAAUUCGUACAUUACCUGAUAUGGAGUUAAAAACUAAUCAGAAUUUUUAUCGAAUUAUCGGAUCAAUUCAUACUUCAAUUCGAAAAUUACAAAAAGUUAUUGAAGACAUUAUCGAUCAGUUAGAUUUUCAAUCAAAUACAAUUAACAUUCGACCACUUCUAAAUCUAUUAUCACAUUUAAAAAAGACAGAAUGGAUUGAUCGAAUUUCACCUGGUUUUUUUGACAAAAUACGUAGUGAUAUUGAAAAUAAAUUCAUUGUACAAAUGGAAAAUUUCGAAUCAGAAUUAAAAAAAUUAAAUUUAGACCUUGAAUAUCCAGAAAAUAUUCUAUUAGCAAAUGAAAUUCUUUUAAAAAUUCAUCUGUUUGAAGAUUUUGAACGUUAUCUUCCUGAAUUACGAAUCUACCAAGAACGUAUCAUUAAAAAUUUUUGUGAAGUAAUACUAAAAAAAUUGGAAGCUAUUUCUAAAAGAUAUAAUUUAUCAGAAAAAGGUCUUGAUUAUUUAAUAAAUGAAUUAAAUGAAUUCAAACAAAUUGAAAUCAAUUACAAUAAUUUAUAUCCACCUAUUAAUUAUUUAAAACAAGCAGGUUAUUCAAAUAUUAAUGAAUUAAAUGAAAAAAAUCAAUUAAAUUUUCAAAUAAAAGAACUUCAAUUAAUAAUUCAACAUUAUGAACAAUCAAUUCUUUCAAAAGUUUCAACACAUCAUUCUGGUCGUGGUCGUGGUCGUGGUCGUGGUCGUGGUCGUGGUCGUGGUUCUAAUAAAUUAAAAGUUGGAUCUGAAAAAAAUGAUUUUUUAAAAGAAAAAGGUUAUUCAAAUAUCAAUAUUGUAAAAAAUAAACUUGAAAUAUAUCAAAAUAAUUUGGAUAAAAUUAAUCAAACAAGUUUUGAUCAACAUUCAAUAAAUCCUCAAACGAUUAAAGAUGAAUAUACUCAAUUAACUGAUAAACAUGAGUCAAUGCUUCUAAAACGUAUUCAAUUUUUAAAUGAACAUGGUUUUGAAAAUUAUGAAGUUCUUCAGAAAAAAAUUCAAAAAAAAACAAAUGCUCUUAAUAAUUAUAUUGAAGAAAAACAGCAAUUUUAUUUUCAUGAUGAACUUGAUGGAUUAUUUAUGAAUCAAAUUUUAACUUACAUUAAUCAUUGUAAAAAUCUUAUUAAUAAUGAUAUUAAACAAAUAGCAAAUGAGAUAAAUGAAUCUUUAAAAAAAUAUUUUAUUGAAUAUGGAAACUUUAUUGAAAAAGAAAUAGAACGAUGUUUUAAUUCAGUGAUUAAUUCCGACAAAGUUCAUUCAAAUAAUUUAAGAAAAUAUUCUUAUGAAUUAAUAUCAAUGGAAGAAUAUUCAUUGGUUUUUAAAUACUUAAAUGGAAGAAAAAAAUUGGAUUAUUAUAAAAAAAAAUUUCUUUACUAUUAUGAUUCAAUUCUAAUCGGAAUUGAACAAGAUAAAAUCAACGAAAAUUAUGAAGAUUAUCAAAAAAAAUUAGGCAUUAUUCAAUCAUUGAUUUGUUUAGAUGAAUUCUUUAUUAAAUUAUCUGAAAAUAAUAAAUUUGAGAAUUUAUUUAGAAAAUCUCAAUCUGAUUUUCUUAAGAUACCGGAACAAAUAUACAAAAUCAUAUUAGAUGCUAUUUCAAAACAAGAUUUUAUUCUAAUUAAUUCUAAACUUUCAUCUAUUGAAAUAUUUUCAAAAUCAAAAUUUAUCUUUCUUAUUAAAAGUAAUUUGGAGAAUAUUCUACAAUUAAUAAUCAAACAUACAAAAAAUUAUGCAAACUCAUUAAACGAAAAUAUUCGAUAUGAACAAAAUAAGGAAAAUUUUCAAAAAUUUAUUGAAAAUCUCGAAAAAAUUCAAAUUAUUCUUCAACAAACAAACAUUUUGAAUUUCAUUGAUAAAAAUAUUCGAAUUUCAUUGGAAAAUUUAUUCGAUGAUAUUGAGAAAAUUUUAAUGAAAAAGAUUCUUAAUAUCCUUCAAUCAAUUGAAAACUUUUUUAAUCAAAAUAAUUUUCUUUUCAUCGAAAAAACAAUGGAAUAUUUAAUUAAUUUAUUAAAUGAAUUAAAUGAUUAUUAUAAAUUUGAAUCAAUUCAAGAGAAGAUUAAUCAAUUGAAAACACGAAUUUCUCAAUUACCGAAUGAAAUUUUACAUAAAUAUGAUUUCAUUGAUUUAAAUAAAUAUAUAAACGAUUCACCAAAAGAUGUCUGUGAACUAUUAAAACUUGUUUCCUCAAAUGGUUAUUCUAAAUAUACACAAAUUUAUCGGCAAAUCAUAGAAAAACUUCGAAAAAUUUUUUCUUCAGAAAUAAAUCAUGUUAAAAAUAAGAGGAGUUCUAAUCGAUCAAUGAAACUGACUACAAUAAGAGAUGCUUCUUAUUAUUUACCAGAUGAAUUACAAAACAUUUUUCAAAAUGAUAUUCAAGAAAUUAAUGAAAUAAUUAGGGACGAAGCUCACAUGCUUGCUGUUGAUUAG